AUGAAUCGGUGCGUCCCCGAUUUUGAAAUGGAGGAUGAUUAUUCAAUUCCCACUUCCUCUGCCCCGAACCGCCUCAGAAAAUCAUCCCUGCCAGAUGAUGAGAUCAUGGAGCUGCUAUGGCAAAACGGUCAAGUUGUGAUGCAGAGCCAGAACCAAAGGCCUUUGCCUAACAACAAAAAGUCGUCACAGGCCCCAUCCAAAUACGACGCCGUCUUGCCCGAAGACAGAGACAUCCCCAGACCCCAACCCCAUCCCACACCUCAAAACCACCAGCUGUUUAUGCACGAAGACGAAAUGGCCUCUUGGCUUCAGUACCCUCUCGUCGACGACCCCUUUUGCGCCGACCUCCUAUACCCCGAUUCCUCCACCGUUCAUCAAACCAACACCACCGCCGCCGCCGCCGAACUCCGGCCUAAUCCUACUUCUGCGCCGCCGUCCAAGCCGCCGAUUCAUCCACCGAGGAGGACCGAGCUCCAGAACUUUCUCCACUUCUCCAGGACCAACAACAACAAGGAGAGGGUUUCGGAAGCGGCGCCGUCCAGCUCCAAGAGCGUGGUGAGGGAAUCGACGACGGUGGUGGACUCCUGCGAUACUCCGCUGGUGGGACACAGCUCUAGGGCUUUGGAUUCCGGGCUCGACGGCGGCGGCGGCGGAGUGACUGCCGGUGCUGCGACGUCGUUUGUUACUGUCGCUACUGCUAAUGCUGCGACGUCGUUUCCUGGGAAAGAGAUUAUGACGUGUGAGAUGUCGCUGACUUCGUCUCCCGGCGGCUCCAGUGCGAGUGCCAGCGCGAGCGCCGAGCCGAUAUCGUCUCAGAAGCCGCGGGCGGACGAGGAUCGGAAGCGGAAAGGGAGAGAAGCCGAGGACGACGGCGAGUUUCAGAGCGAGGAUGUUGAGUUUGAAUCUGCCAAUGGAAAAAAACAAGCCCGAGGAUCAAGGUCUACAAAGAGAUCCCGGGCUGCCGAGGUUCACAAUCUCUCCGAGAGGAGACGGCGAGAUAGGAUAAAUGAAAAGAUGAAGGCCUUACAAGAACUAAUACCUCGUUGCAACAAGUCAGACAAAGCGUCAAUGCUGGAUGAAGCAAUUGAGUACUUGAAAUCACUUCAGUUACAAGUACAGAUGAUGUCCAUGGGAUGCGGCAUGGUACCUAUGAUGUUUCCUGGUGUUCAGCAGUAUAUGCCGAUGGGGAUGGGGAUGGGAAUGGGAAUGGGCAUGGGAAUGGAAAUGGCGGGCAUGACCCGGCCUAUGAUGCCAUUUCCGAAUGUGCUAGCUGGUUCAUCCAUGCCAACAGCGGCUGCACAUUUGGGACCUAGGUUCCCUGUGCCACCAUUUCAUAUGCAGCCUGUUCCUGCAAAUGAUCCUGCCAGAGUUCAAGCAACAAAUCAGUCAGAUCAAAUGCUAAACACGCUUGCUGCUCAAAAUCCAAACCAAUCACGUAUGCCAAAUUUUGCAGAUCCUUAUCAGCAGUUUUUCAAUCCCCAGCAGAUGCAGUUGCCACUACAGCAGAAUCAAGCAAUGGCUCAGCCUAGUAGCAAGCCAAGUUCCAGUAAGGGACCUGAAACUCACGAAAAUCAUCAAUCAGGUUGA